AUGGCCGACAAUUCCCCCAAGAUUACGCUGUACUGGUAUGAUUAUGCUGCCCAAACACGGACACAUUUGUCUGGUCACCACGCUCUUCUCCCCAUCCACCCAAAUCUUGCCGAGACUGAUGAACCACAUGCUCACUCGACUGACCCAAAACAAAGGCUCAACCAUUCGCGCUCGCAGCGCAUCAUAUGGCUCCUCGAGGAACUCAAAGUCCCCUAUGAAAUCGAAGUCUUCCACCGCGACAAGGAAACACUCCUCGCGCCCAAGGAGCUCGAACAGAUUCACCCACUGGGUAAAUCGCCCGUGAUUGCAAUCGUGCCCCCCGGCGGCGAUGCAAGCAAGCCCAUUGUUCUGGCCGAGAGCGGAUUCAUGACGCAGUAUCUCGUGGACCAUGCGCCCGAGGGAAAGAAUCUGAUGCCCACGAAGUGGCAGGACGGCAAGGAGGGCGUCAUUGGCGGCGAGACGGAGGAGUGGUUGCGCUAUGGCUAUUACAUGCAUUAUGCAGAGGGGAGUUUGAUGCCGUACUUGGUCCUUGCGCUGGUGCUGUCUCGCCUCAAGUCUCCUCAGGUCCCUUUCCUCGUCCGCCCCAUCACGUCCAUCAUUGCCAACCGCAUCAUCUCCAUGUUUGUCUUCCCGAAUGUCAGCAAACACCUUGCCUUUCUCGACCAGCAGCUCGCGACGUCGGGCGGCAAGUACCUCUGCGGCGAUAAGCUGACCGCCGCCGAUAUACUCAUGAGCUUCCCUGUUAUCGCUGGGUCUGGCCGGUUUGAUGAGCUGGGCUACUUUGAGGGCGGGUCGUGGGAGAAGGCGUAUCCCAGGGUUGCAGAGUAUGUCAAGGUGUUGGAGUCAGAGGAGGGGUACAAGAGGAGCGUGGAGAAGAUUGAGGCUAUUGAUGGCAAGUUUGAGGCCUCGUUGUAG